UAAUUAUUAUAAAUACAGUGGUAGUUAUGUAUUUGUAUUGGAAUUUGGAAUCCCGUAACAAUGUUAUUGGUGGAGAGAGUAUUGGGAAAAUGGGAAGUGUGAAUUGAAUUGUGACGUAUUAAAGAGUAUGAAAGGAGAGUGAAGAGUAGAAAAGGGAGUAUGAUUAUGUGAAGAUGAAGACCAUCAACGACGAUGCUUCCGCACAAGAUCUCGACCCUCAAAGCGACCACAGCUCCGAUUACCUUCUUACUUCUAACCCUCAGCCCCGCCGUCCCCGCGGCUUCGCUGCAGCCGCCGCCAAUCCUGCCGGAAAGGGGAAGAAAGAGAGGGAGAAGGAGAAGGAGCGCACUAAGCUCCGCGAGCGUCACCGCCGUGCCAUCACUAGCCGUAUGCUUGCCGGUCUCCGGCAGUACGGGAACUUCCCUCUUCCGGCGCGUGCUGACAUGAACGACGUACUCGCUGCACUCGCGCGUGACGCCGGUUGGGUUGUUGAAGCUGAUGGCACCACCUACCGGCAAUGCCCUCCACCUUCUCACGUGGGAUCUUUUGCAGCUAGGUCAGUUGAAAGUCAACUCUCUGGUGGUUCUUUGAGACCUUGCUCUGUUAAAGAGACACUAGGAAAUCAGCCACCGGCGCUUAGAAUUGAUGAAUGCUUGUCACCUGCGUCAAUCGAUUCUGUGGUAAUUGCAGAAAGGGACUCGAAGAAUGAGAAAUACACAAGUGCAAGCCCUGUAAAUGUAGUCCACUGUUUGGAGGCCGAUCAGCUCAUACAUGAUAUUCAUUCUGGUGUGCACGAGAAUGACUUUACCUGCACACCAUAUGUUCCGGUUUACUCAAAGCUACCAGCUGGUAUUAUUAACAAAUUUUGCCAGUUGAUUGAUCCUGAAGGCAUUAGACAGGAGCUAAUCCAUCUUAAGUCUUUAAAUAUGGAUGGCGUCAUUGUGGAUUGUUGGUGGGGUAUUGUUGAAGGCUGGAAUCCGCAGAAAUAUGUGUGGUCUGGCUAUAGGGAUCUUUUUAGCAUUAUUAGAGAAUUUAAGCUGAAGUUACAGGUUGUUAUGGCAUUUCAUGAAUGUGGAGGGAAUGGUUCUAGUGAUGCAUUGAUUGCCCUGCCACAAUGGGUUUUGGAUAUGGGAAAAGAUAACCCGGAUAUAUUCUUUACAGAUCGUGAAGGGCGGAGGAAUACUGAAUGCCUUUCCUGGGGAAUUGACAAAGAGCGUGUUCUGAAAGGAAGAACUGGAAUUGAGGUCUAUUUUGAUAUGAUGAGAAGCUUCAGGACAGAGUUUGAUGACCUGUUUGCAGAAGGUCUGAUUUCUGCAGUAGAAAUUGGACUUGGUGCAUCUGGGGAGCUGAAAUACCCUUCUUUUUCAGAAAGGAUGGGAUGGAGGUAUCCUGGAAUAGGCGAGUUUCAGUGCUAUGAUAAAUACCUGCAACAUAGUCUACGCAUGGCAGCCAAAUUACGUGGUCAUUCUUUCUGGGCUAGAGGACCUGAUAAUGCUGGACACUACAACUCUAUGCCACAUGAAACUGGAUUCUUUUGUGAACGAGGUGAUUAUGACAACUAUUAUGGACGCUUCUUCUUACAUUGGUAUUCCCAGACAUUAAUAGACCAUGCAGAUAAUGUUCUGUCCCUUGCAAGCCUUGCUUUUGAGGAUACAAAAUUAGUUGUCAAGGUUCCUGCUGUAUACUGGUGGUAUAAGACUCCUAGUCAUGCAGCAGAGUUGACAGCCGGAUAUCACAACCCCACGAAUCAGGAUGGAUACUCUCCUGUGUUUGAGAUCUUGAGAAAACAUUCUGUCACCAUGAAAUUUGUCUGUGUAGGAUUUCAUCUUUCCAACCAGGAAGCUAAUGAAUCAUUAAUUGAUCCAGAGGGUUUAAGUUGGCAGGUACUAAACUCAGCUUGGGAUCGAGGUUUGGUUGCUGCUGGAGAGAAUGCUCCUCUUUGCUAUGAUAGAGAAGGUUACAAGAGAUUAGUUGAGAUGGCCAAGCCCAGCAAUGAUCCAGAUCGCCGGCACUUCUCGUUCUUUGUUGUCCAACAACCAUCUUUGCUUCAAGGAAAUGUUUGCUUGUCGGAAUUGGAUUUCUUCGUUAAAUCCAUGCACGGUGAGAUGACAGGAGCCAUAUAAUUGCUGCAAAUUUUACUUUCAAGAGAUAUAAGCCUUUGGAGGUUGCAAAGGGUGAAAGGGGCAUUCUUCAAAGUAGAUAGUCAUGUUGUGCCAAGUGUAAUCUAUCAUAGUAUUAUUCAUACCUAAAUAUAAAUACUUAAUAAGUUUAUAUUUUA